AUGGCUACAAAUCUCAUUCACAGAGAAACGCCCAAGAUGGAAGUCUAUCUAUCUAUCUAUCUAUCUAUCUAUCUAUCUAUCUAUCUAUCUAUCUUGACCAAAGUUCAUUCUCCCCCAAAAGCCAAUGCACUUUUUUUUGCAUCUAUCUAUCUAUCUAUCUACAGGAAAUCUAUCUAUCUUUCUCUCUCUCUCCCCCUCUCUCUCUCUCUCUCUUUCUCUCUCUCUCUCUCUAUAUAUAUAUAUAGUCAUCCACAGACAGACUGUUUCGCUAUAUGCUCAAAGAGUUGGGGCUGGCAUAACACCGUUUUCAUUGCUCACGUCACUAGGACCAUCACAGUUGUCGCGAACAAAACGAAUAUAAUACAACCAAUCUCCUCGAUGACGAAAUCGGUACAUUUGCAAACUUGCAAAAUCUACAAAACCUACAUGAUUGAUCUAUCUAUCUAUCUAUCUAUCUAUCUAUCUAUCUAUCUAUCUAUCUAUCCCGUGAUCGUUGUUUUAAAUUGA